UCAAUAUUUACAUUUCAUCGAAGUGAUACGGUUCUAUAAUCCCGGUAUUUUCUAAAAAUGAAAAUAGCUGUGAAAGACGCGGUGGCGUCCACCGACAUUAUUUACCCGUGCGGACACUGUAACAUUAUGUACAAGGAUUACAAAACUUUGGUACAGCACCUGUUCUGGCGACAUGGCACUGAGAGUCAGUUCUGCAGAAAGUGCUGCAUGAAGAGGUGGCGUUACGCUGCACACAUUUGUAACGUGCUGCCUUUUGAGGACAAGCAGUAUGACGAAGAGGUUGAUGAAACGAUUUGUACCCAGGAGGCACCUGUUUGUACCCAGGAAGCACCCGUUUACACCCAGGAGGCACCUGUUUGUGCGCAGGAGGCACCUGUUUACACCCAGGCAGCACCUGUUUGUACCCAGGAGGCGCCUGUUUAUACCCAGGAGGCACCUUUUUACACACAGGAGGCACCUGUUCAUAUCCAAGAGGCACCUGUUGAUACCCACGAGGUACCAGUUUAUACCCAGGAGGCACCAGAAGAUAAACAAGAACACAGGGAUAGCGAGUUCUGCAUAUGUGGAAAAUACAUAUACAAUUCAAAAAUGAUCGGAUGUGAUGCUAAAGCGUGCCACUACCAGUGGUUCCAUUACUCGUGUGUUGGCAUCCUGGAGCCGCCAGACGGCGAAUGGUUCUGCCCGACUUGCACCAAACUGGAAACAACUAAGGCAACACAAAAUUCCAAUGGCGCGGAGGAGUGGUUUUUAAGUUUCUGAUACUUAAUACACAUAAUCCAUCCUUCAGAGCUGGAAAUGCAGCUGUUGAAAAUCAAGACGCGCAAAUUCCCUGGCUCAUAUAGUGAAGAUGAUGUUGAAUUAAGUGAGGACAACGAACACUAGAAGUAAAUAAUAAUCUGUUCUAUGUAUUGAAGUGUAUGUAGUGACUAAUUAAGUAAUUAAUUAAGAGUAACGCCAAAAACAUUAGUCCUAUCAUCAACCAUUCAUCAAAUAGAUGAAUAUGUAGUUAGGUAGGAAUAUACUUAUAUAUUAUACGUAUUUUUCUUAAAAAUAAGUUCUUAUGUCGGCACGUGCCUGCACAGACAUGUACCUACAAAGCAAUGUUUAUGAUAGAUUCACAAGAAAGAUUUCUCAGAAUUCAACUAACAAUAGCAUGUUCUUUGCUCGGUUUCUUUCUGUUAUCGGAAACCUUACUAUUUUAUUGUAUACUCCAAAAUCUUCAAAAAUAAAGGAAAUAAAGGAAUGUAUUCAUAUUCAGUCUUAUAAAAUGUAAUAAACUCUUAUUAUGUUU